AUGACCAUGGAUCUCAAUCUAGGAAAAUGUUGUGGUUCUAGAAAGAAGGAAUCAUGGAGGUCGGUUUUGCUUCUUGCUUAUCAGAGUCUUGGUGUUGUCUAUGGUGAUUUAAGUAUUUCUCCACUUUAUGUGUUUAAGAGCACUUUUGCUGAAGACAUUCGACAUUCAGAGACCAAUGAAGAGAUUUAUGGUGUUUUGUCUUUUGUUUUCUGGACUUUAACUUUGCUCCCUUUGCUCAAGUAUGUCUUCAUUGUCCUUCGAGCUGAUGAUAACGGAGAAGGUGGAACUUUUGCUUUGUACUCACUGAUCUGCCGUCAUGUCAAAGUUAGCCUCCUUCCAAAUCGACAAGUCUCUGACGAGGCACUGUCCACUUAUAAACUGGAGCAUCCACCGGAGAAGAACCAUGACUCGUGUGUGAAAAGAUAUCUAGAGAAGCACAAGUGGUUACACACUGCUUUGCUGCUUCUGGUUCUUCUUGGUACUUGUAUGGUUAUUGGAGAUGGACUUCUCACUCCAGCUAUCUCCGUGUUCUCUGCUGUGUCAGGUCUUGAGCUGCAUAUGUCAAAAGAACAUCACCAAUAUGCUGUGAUUCCUAUAACCUGCUUCAUAUUAGUCUGCCUUUUCGCGCUUCAACAUUUUGGGACACAUCGUGUUGGGUUUGUUUUCGCGCCUAUCGUCCUUACUUGGCUGCUCUGUAUUAGCGGUAUUGGCUUGUACAAUAUAAUACAGUGGAAUCCUCAUGUAUAUAAAGCUCUUUCUCCUAAAUAUAUGUUCAUGUUCUUGAGAAAGACGAGAGUAAGUGGAUGGAUGUCUCUAGGUGGGAUCUUGUUGUGUAUAACUGGUGCUGAGGCCAUGUUUGCUGAUCUUGGUCACUUCAAUUACGCGGCAAUUCAGAUUGCGUUUACUUUCCUGGUUUAUCCGGCUCUUAUACUGGCAUACAUGGGACAAGCUGCUUACCUAUCCCGGCAUCACAAUUCUGCUUACGCGAUUGGGUUUUACGUCUCUGUGCCAAAAUGUGUGCACUGGCCUGUGCUUAUGAUAGCGAUUCUUGCUUCUGUUGUUGGAAGCCAAGCGAUCAUCAGCGGGACUUUCUCAAUUAUAAACCAAAGCCAGUCUCUUGGAUGCUUCCCUCGAGUAAAAGUCAUUCACACAUCGGAUAAGAUUCAUGGUCAGAUUUACAUACCCGAGAUUAACUGGAUGCUCAUGGUUCUCUGCAUCGCUGUUACUAUUGGGUUUAGAGACGUCAAACACCUGGGAAAUGCAUCAGGUUUGGCUGUAAUGGCGGUUAUGCUAGUGACAACAUGUCUUAUGUCAUUGGUCAUUGUUCUUUGCUGGCACAAGCCUCCAAUUCUAGCCCUCGCGUUCCUUCUCUUUUUCGGUUCAAUAGAGCUUCUCUACUUCUCGGCCUCCCUUACCAAAUUCCGUGAAGGCGCUUGGCUUCCGAUCCUUUUAUCCCUAUUUUUCAUGAGCAUCAUGUUCGUUUGGCAUUACACCACCAUCAAGAAAUACGAGUUUGAUCUCCAGAACAAAGUCUCGCUUGAAUGGCUUCUUGCGUUAGGUCCAAGCCUCGGAAUUUCGCGAGUUCCAGGGAUCGGUUUAGUCUUCACGGAUUUAACUUCCGGAAUCCCUGCCAAUUUCUCUCGGUUCGUCACAAAUCUCCCUGCUUUCCACCGUGUUCUCGUCUUUGUCUGCGUUAAAUCUGUCCCAGUCCCAUUUGUUCCACCCGCUGAGAGGUACCUUGUGGGUCGUGUGGGUCCCGUGGACCACCGCUCUUACCGCUGCAUUGUGAGGUAUGGAUACCGCGAUGUCCACCAAGAUGUCGACUCAUUCGAAUCAGAACUGGUGAGCAAGCUUGCAGAUUUCAUCCGUUACGACUGGCACAGAAGAACACAAGAGGACGACACGGCUCGCUCUGUCCGGUCUAACGAAUCCUCAAGCGAGUCAAGACUCGCCGUGAUAGGAACCGUAGCAUACGAGAUAGAAGAGAAUCUCCAACCGGAUAGCGUAUCCAUCGAAUUCUCCACGGUAGAGAGCAUGGAAGACGUCAUAGAAAUGGCAGAAGCGCCGCCAACCAUAAAACGGGUGAGGUUUGCGGUUGAAGAAGACAGUUACGAGGAUGAAGGAUCGUCAGCCUCGGCCGAAGCAGAGGCGGAACUGAGAAAUGAGCUGAGAGAUUUGGUGGCAGCGCAAGAGGCCGGGACGGCGUUUAUAUUGGGACAUUCACAUGUUAAAGCUAAACAAGGAUCAUCGGUGAUGAAAAGAUUAGCCGUUAAUUUCGGUUAUAAUUUCUUGAGGAGAAAUUGUAGAGGACCUGACGUGGCUCUUAAGGUACCACCGGUUUCUCUUUUAGAAGUUGGCAUGGUUUAUGUUGUCUGA